AUGGUUCAUGCGACCAAAGGGUACCUGGUGCGCUGUGAUGUACCGAUGAAACAACUGCUGCUUCACUUGGAUCGAGAAGAACACUUCAUCAUCUGUGAUCUCGAUGAAAAACACCUUUUCGUGAAGGAGGACGCGUUGUCGCUGAUCCAGCAGAGCGUGGAAGCGCUCUACGAUGAAGUAUACUAUGGGCCCCAAGAGCCCGGACCCCGACGGCAGCGGGCAGGCGCUUCUACUGGAACCGGAACGCAAGAGUCGCUAGACUAG